CUCAAAUACGGUGCUUUGUCCCGUCUGUCAAAUCGAACAAACCAGUCGCCCAAGAAAGUGUCAGUGAGCGAAAAUCGACAAAAACCUGCGUUUUUCCCCGCACAGAAGCCUCAAAAUCCACAAAACAUGCUGAUGGACACCAGCGAUAUGAUCUGUGACACGUAUCCGGGUGAGAUGGUUGGAAGAGAAUACAUGGAGAACCUGUAUGGAGAGGACAUGGACAGAGUACUCCACUCUGUAGUGAAACUGAAGAAUGCAGUUAUUGGAAACAACAAGCAGAAAUUUCACAUGAUGUCCCUAGGAGUUGUGGCCAGACUUCUAGAGUUUAUCCAGAAUGAACGAGCAGCCGUAGGUUUGAGGACAGAGUCAGCGAUAGUCCUGGGCAGCCUGGCUAAAGGAUCACAGGCAAACGUGAAGAGACUGGUGGACAGUGGAGUGGUGCCCAUUCUGCUGCAAUGUUUGAAUAACUCCAACCUGAAGUUUGUGGAAGGCUGCCUGAGAUGUCUGAGGUCCAUCUUCACCAGUCAGGCUGCACCGGUAGAACUACUGUAUACUGACCCAGGAGUUGUGCCCCACAUGUUGGACAUAGUGUCCCAGUCUCCUACAACACAGGAGUGUGUCUGCAGCAUUCUGGCUCAGUGCUGUAAGACCUCAGAACAUCAAGGCCUUCUGUACAGCAAUGGAGUCAUUGAAUCACUGGCACCUCUUCUGGCAUCUAAGAUGUACAAGGUGCAGAUGCCAGCCCUGCGUGUGUUCUGUGUCAUCACCUACAUGAACCAGAUUGUGUCGUCUGCGGUGGCAGCGGCCAGCGUGGCGGAGCGGCCCUUACCGGACCUGCUGGUGGAGCUGUGUUUACGGGACAAGAGCGUGGAGAUGCAGAUGAGCUCGGCCAAAUGUCUGACGUACAUGUGCAGAGCCAACGCACUGUCUAGCCAGGACUCCAAAAUUGUGUACAAGGCCCUGCCCACUCUGAUCCGUAUGUGUAAGAAGGACCGUACGCUGGAGGAGAGAGUGGAGGGAGCGGAGACGCUGGCGUACCUGAUCGAGGUGGACCUGGAACUCCAGCGUAUCGCAAGCUACUCCGACCACCUCAUUCCCACACUGUCUGAGUUCCUCAGAUAUCCCUCCACACAAACCACGGUCAUGGAUCUCAAGCGGUUGGACUAUGACAUGAAGCACUCUCAUGAACUAAAGGCUGCAGCACUCAUGGCUUUUGCCUCACUGGGAGCUAAUGAUGAAGAUAUCAGGAAGAAGAUAAUAGAGACAGAGAAUUUGAUGGACCAUGUGGUGUGUGGACUGUCAGACCCAGUAGUUAGAGUCAGACUGGCAGCAGUCAGAUGUCUCCACAGUUUGUCCAGAUCAGUUCAGCAGCUCAGAACAAGUUUUCAGGACCAUGCAGUCUGGAAACCACUAAUGAAGCUCUUACAGAAUGCAGAUGAUGAUAUGUUGACUGUGGCCUCAUCAACUCUGUGUAAUCUACUAUUGGAGUUUUCUCCCAGCAAAGAGCCCAUGCUGGAAUCUGGAGCUGUGGAUCUGCUGUGUGAUCUGACAAAGAGAGAUGAUCCCGCUCUGCGACUGAACGGGAUCUGGGCACUCAUGAACAUGGCAUUUCAAGUGGAAACCAAGAACAUGGCAUUCCAGGCAGAGCAGAAAGUGAAGAGUCAGAUCCUGGCAGCGUUAGGGACGGAUCAGCUGUUCAAACUCCUGUCUGAUCCUGACGUCAACGUUCUGAUGAAGACACUCGGGCUGCUGAGGAACCUCCUCUCCAACAAACCUCACAUUGACCACAUCAUGGGGAUGCAUGGACAACAGAUCAUGCAGGCGAUUGUACUCAUACUGGAGGGGGAGCAUACCAUAGAAGUCAAGGAACAGACACUGUGUAUCUUAGCCAACAUCUCAGAUGGCACGACGGCAAAAGACUUCAUCAUGGCGAAUGACGAUGUCCUGAAGAAAAUCACUAACUACAUGAUCCACGCCAACGUGCGGCUUCAGAUCGCCGCUACCUUCUGUAUCUCCAACCUGGUCUGGAACGAGGAGGAGGGAGCAUUGGAGCGUCAGAUGAAGCUGCGUGACAUGGGGGUACAGAAACUGUUACAACAGCUACUCAGUUCCAGUGAUACUGUACUGUUCGACAAGGUGAAGACAGCAUUGCAACAGUUCACUUGAAUGUGCUGAAGUCUACCUACUACAAGCUUGCCAAAUUUGAGAUCAUUAAAGCCCACCAUGGCCAGAGACUGAAUCUUUCAUGCUUUAUGUUGUAUACAAUUACAUGUAUGGUUCACACCUCCAAAACCCAGGGUGUCUUGAAUUAUAUGCUGUUGAACUAAAAGAUGGAAAAGUUGGAACUCUGUAUAGCACAUCACUAAUGACAUUGCUGUGCUUAAGUGUACAUGUUUCCUUAGCUUUAUAGGAAUAAAGUCAAAAGCU